AACACCCCAUCACCAUUCGCCAACUAACCUCUCUCUCUCUCUCUCAAAACUAUAUAUUCAACGUUUUCUCGGCCAGAUCUCUCUCGGAACAACGUGGUGUUUGGCCCUCUCUCUCUCUCUCUCUCUCUCUCUCUCUCUUUGGGUAUCUUAAAAGCCCGUUAUAUAUAUAUCCCUUUUCUUUCGCACACGCCACAUUUGUUUUUUCAUUUAACUUUCUAUAUCGAAAACCCCAUCAUAUCGUUCGAUUGUUUUUUUUCCGAUCGACCCACAUCUGUUUGUGACGAAAAACAGAGUCUUUUGGGGGAGAUAAUAAUAAUAAUGGCGAAUGGAGAGAGUGGGGUAGUGGCAGCAAUCUUCGGUGAGGAUGAGCUGAGUGAGGUGAGUGGCGUGAAGCGAGUUGGUGACUAUGUUGAAAUCACGUGCGGUUGUACUAGCCACAGGUAUGGUGAUGCUGUUGGAAGGCUUAGGGUUUUCGUUAAUGGCUACCUUGAAAUCACUUGUGAAUGCACCCCUGGUUGCCAAGAAGACAAGUUGAGUCCUUCUGCAUUUGAGAAACACUCUGGAAGAGAAACAGCUCGAAAGUGGAAGAACAACAUAUGGGUAAUAGUGAAGGGUGAGAAGGUUCCAUUGUUCAAAACAGUGCUACUCAAAUACUACAACCAAGUUUCAAAAGCUGCUGCUCUUAAAUCCCAAAGUGGAAGGUCACACCGUGAUGAGUUUGUUAGGUGCACAGUGUGCAACAAAGAGCGCAGGUUCCGUCUGAGGAGUAAAGAGGAAUGCCGAGUUCACCAUGAUGCUUUGGCAGAUGCUAAUUGGAAAUGUUCUGAUCUCCAAUAUGACAAAAUUACAUGUGAUGAUGAAGAAGAACGAGGGAGCCGCAGAGUAUACAGGGGAUGCACUCGCUCUCCGACAUGCAAAGGUUGCACCUCCUGUGUCUGUUUCGGCUGCAGCAUUUGCCGCUUUUCAGAUUGCAGCUGCCAGACUUGUACUGACUUCACAAGCAAUGUCAAAGUUUGAUAUUCAUCCAUCUUCUUCAUAUAGGCUUGUUUAUGCCUAUAUCAAUAUUUUUAAUUUUCUAAUUGGACUCAACUUCCAGUCUGAGUUCAUCAAUCAUUGUUCUCAUUGACUGGUUCAUAAAAUUACAAUGUUAGUGAUUCUGAUUCUGUUCUCUCUCAUAAUGUUUUACCUAAUAUAGUCAUACAUUGAUUCUUAGUAGUGAAUAAAUUUGUUCUAGACCUCCAUAUUUAUCAAUAGAAAAAAUCAGCAGAUCAAGAAAGUAGUGGUGUUAAUUGUGAUAUACAAGUGAUGGUGACAUAGUGCGACCAGCUUCGUUGUUUUGGGAAUUAUUGGGUAGUAGUGUGAAGAUUUUGUACCCCAAUAAUGCCCAAGUUGUUGUGUGUGUAUUAAUGAUUGGACCAGUUACCAUAGACAAUAACAAUGAGUGGAGUGGAGUGGAGUGGAGGAGUUACCAUAACCAAGUCAUUGUUAAGGGGAGCGCUUCACCACAUGCUUAUAUAGGCACCACCUUUAGAUGCUCAGAGAGGACUCACUUUCUCCUUUCUUUACCUUACUAAUAUCAAAUGAAGUGUAAGUAAGUGUGUAACAGUGUAAACAUUUUUUAUAUCUAAAAAUACA